GCUUCUCUUCUCCGCUUCGGUCCGAUCAGCUGCUUCAUCUCCUGCCGCCGAGAGACACGAUGUCCCAUCAGACAGGCAUUCAAGCGGGGAAUGAUGUAAAGGAUAUCUUUGCCAGUGCUAGAAACGGAGAUGAAUAUCGAGUCUUAAAGAUUGUCAUUGAGGACGAGCAGCUGACUCUGGGCAACACCAGGAAAGCAUCAAAGAAGUGGGACCAGGAGUAUGAUUCCUUAGUGCUGCCUCUCCUCAACGAUGAUGUGCCCUGCUACAUUCUAUUCCGACUGGACUCCACUAACAACCAAGGAUAUGAAUGGAUCCUCCUGGCCUGGUCACCGGACAUCUCUACUGUGCGACAUAAAAUGUUGUAUGCUGCUACCAGAGCAACACUGAAGAAAGAGUUUGGAGGAGGGCACAUCAAGGAUGAGAUAUUUGGCACCACAAAGGAGGAUUUGAACCUCAGCGGGUACAGGAAGUACCUGACCUCGCAGGCUGCUCCUUUGCCCCUCACUGCUGCAGAGGAGGAACUGAGACAGAUCAAACUCAAUGAGGUGCAGACGGACAUCAGCGUGGACACCAAGCAGCAGACGCUGCAGGGAGUGGCUUUCCCCAUUCAAAGAGAAGCUGCUGAUGCGCUUGUACGUUUUAGGGAGAGGAAAAUCAACUACGUUCAACUGAAUAUAGAUGCUCAAAAUGAGAAGAUUUGCUUGUGCAGCACUGAGCCAACGGAGCUGAAAGACCUGCCAAUGCGAAUCCCUAAAGACUCUCCUCGUUACCACUUCUUCCUCUACAAACAUUCCCACGAAGGUGACUACCUGGAGUCCACAGUCUUCAUUUAUACAAUGCCAGGGUACACGUGUAGCAUCCGAGAGAGGAUGCUGUACUCCAGCUGCAAGAAUAACCUGGUUGAGAUGGUGGAAGACAAACUCCAGAUUGAGAUUGAGAAAAAGCUUGAAAUUGAAAAUGGGGACGAACUGACGAGCGAUUACAUGUACGAGGAGGUGCAUCCCAAGCAGCACGCACACAAGCAGGCCUUCGCCAAGCCCAAGGGCCCUGCCGGAAAGAGGGGCGGCCGUCGAAUCACCCGACCCCCCGCCGAGGGAGAGGAGGAAGAUUAAACAGACCUCAGCAGCCGAGCACCACCUCCAUCACCUGGAACAUUCCUGCGAUGGGGAGGAGAGGAAUCCCAUUUGACACGUUUGUUUAAAAGAAAAAGAACAACCUCAAAUUCCCAGAGUUCCCCCCCCCAGAGAGCCAACUAUGCACGCCAAGGACAACUGAGCAAUGACACAUUUCCGAUUUUCCAUUUGUAGCUUGCCAAAUGGAAGCAUAUUUAUGUAUGUUAGUGCAUUCACCAAAAAAAUAAGAGGAAAAAAACUCAUUAAAAGGGGCCCAAAGUCAAAGAUGAGGUUUUUACAUUGUUGCCAGCUCUGACACUUUAAAAGAAAGGUAGAAAGAAAAAAGAAAUGCUAGUGCAACUAAUGUGAACUUGCGCCAAUAUAAGUACCCAUUUUGAGUUCACUUGCUUGAAUUCUUAACUUGCAUUCCUUAAGUCUGUGUUAAUUAAUGUGUUUGUGUCUAAUAUGUAGAAGAUUUGUCUCCUACUGUUUGAACAAUGAGGUGCUCCAAAGCAGAAAAUAUGAUAAUUAUCCCGAUUGUGUCUAUCCAUUCAGUUUAACAGUGCAUUUUAUAUUGGAAAUUGACUUCUUUUUUGAUAUAACUGUGGUUUACAUGAGAAAUCAUCUGCUGAGAAACUUAUUUUUCUAUGCAAGUGCUGUAAAUGUACAUAUUGUAGCUGUGUGAUGCUCUAUGAAUAAGAAACAGUCUGGUCUGUUGUGAUGAAUGUCAAACUUCAGUGAGGGUUAGAGUGGAAAGCACUGGGGCUUCCAGAAAUAUUACACCGAUACUUCUCAGAUUUCACGAAGAGGAAGCUACUCGGACUGGGCCGGCUCCCACGCGGCGGGGAAUGCCGAGCCACAGAUAGGAAAGGGAAUACUACUAAGUCUCUUGAUCGACAUGUUGCCACUUUCACUGGUCUACUGAUUAAUAUUAGGCAAAGUACUAAGCUCACCUCAUGUGUAAAGGGAAAAAACCCUUUAUAUUCAUAGUUUCAUUAUAGAGGAAAAAAAAAAUCAUCAAUGAUCUUAUUUGUUUUCUUACAAAUCUUUUAAAGAAGAAAAAUAAAAUAUUUAAAAUCACA